AUGCCGCGUGAAGCCGAGCCUUCUCUCUCUGAGAAGACAUUCAUUGCUCAGGCCCUGAACGAGGGUUUACGGUUAGAUGGUCGCAAAUUCGACGAAUUCCGACCUCUUGAGAUCACUUUUGGAGAUGAGUAUGGAGUGGCAGAGGUGAAAUAUGGAAAAACAAGGGUACUAGCCAAGGUCUCAGCCGAGGUGACUGUGCCAUACACAGACCGUCCCUUUGACGGAGUUUUCACAAUCACAUCAGAACUCAGCCCCAUGGUCGCUCCUUCAUAUGAGGUCAACCGCCCUUCACUCGAGGAGGUUCUUCUCUCGAGGCUUCUUGAGAAGACAAUUAGGAGAUCGGGUGCCCUGGAUACCGAAUCACUAUGUCUCAUCGCCGGCAAAAAGUGCUGGUCUAUCCGAGUUGAUCUUCAUGUCCUUGCCCACGAUGGCAACCUUACAGAUGCUGCCUGCGUAGCCGUUAUUGCAGCCCUUCGACAUUUCCGCAAGCCUGAUUCAAGCAUCGAAGGAGAAACCCUCACUAUCUACACAUCCGCCGAGAGAGAGCCUGUGCCUCUGAGCUGGCUCCAUUCUCCAUUCUGCGUCACGUACAGUUUCUAUGGCGAGGACGGAAGCCAAGUUCUUGUCGACACCAACUGGCUUGAGGAGAAAAUGCGCAUUUCCCACUGCACAUACAGUCUCAACAAGCACGGUGAGAUCAGCCAGAUCUCCAAACUAGGAGGAAAGGCCCUGGAUGCGCCGUUGUUCAUCCAGUGCGCUCAGGGUGCGCUCAACCGAUCCAAGGAUCUCUCUAACCUUGUGGAUAACAAGCUUGCCGAGGACGCAAAGCGAAGGGACAAGGGAGGGCUCAUGGCAGAGUUGACGGCCGAGAACGAUAGGUGA